AGUUUAUUUCUGAUUUAUUACAAAACAAAACAAUGAUUUAUCCGAAGAUGAGAAAUUUCAAGCGCGGAGCCAAGAAAGAACGUAAAACAGCCGGUCUAUGCACAGAACUUCACCUAUCCGUCGCCACUGGUCCCAAUGGGGAGAAUACGAUGUCUGCCACGUUGGCACCGGAAGACUACGCAACAAUCGUCUCAAAUCUGCAAUCAGCCGUAUGUCUAAACGUGGCACACCGUGUCGCGUGUCCGGCUCACGAUUCGAAAUUGUGGAGUGACGUCAUGCAGAAGAGCUUCUCGAUUUGGAAGAUCAUUUCAAGAAUUUUGCUGAUCAUUGUGUCGAUCUUCUUCGUCCUGCUGCCACCGUAUCCGCCAAAGUUGUUCAGGAAAAUUGUGUUUUGUAGUCCGCAGAAAGGACGAUACUAUUACCUGAUUGCGGCUAAAGGAACAAAACGUAAAGCAUGCUUCCAAGCCAGCGAGGCCGAUGGUUACGAGCAUCUUUCGAUUAGUCUUCCACAAAUGAUCAAGCCGAAGGUCCGAGCAAUCGACGUAUUCUAUCACCUGCUCCGCUGUAAAGUGUUCACUUUGCCAUACGACGAGAAGCACAAGAUUUGUGCGAUGGAGCUGUAUUGUGAGCAAUCGAUUCGAUGGCUGCAUCGGGAUAAGAAUCGGCAGAGACUCCGUUCCCCCAACCUCAUCAUCUUCUCGCAACCCAACUCCUCGGACCUUGGCUGCUGCUUGAUGAUGGAUCCAAACUUUGCGGAUAUCGCUGACUUUCUUCAGUGUGAUCUUUUGAUCUACGACUAUCCCGGGUACGGUGUCAGCGAGGGAACGACAAAUGAGAAGAAUGUCUACGCUGCUGUGGAGGCGGUGAUGAAGUACGCGAUGGGCACGUUGGGCUACUCACAGGACAAGAUCAUUCUCAUUGGAUUCAGUUUGGGCACGGCGGCGAUGGUUCAUGUUGCCGAGAUGUAUAAGGUUGCCGCAGUCGUGCUCAUUGCACCAUUCACUUCGUUCUUCCGAAUCGUGUGCCGCCGCCCAUCGAUAAUCCGCCCGUGGUUCGACAUGUUCCCAAGCUUGGAAAAGUCCAAAGGAAUUGGCUCACCAACGCUGAUUUGUCACGGAGAAAAGGAUUAUAUUGUGGGACACGAGCACGGUGUAUUGUUGAAGGACACGAUUCCAGACUGUGAGCUGCAUCUGCUCCAGCACGCCAGCCAUCAGGGAAUCUUUUGCGAACGAGAGAUGUGGGAUCGUGUGGAGGCGUUCUUGGGCUCCCGUGUCGGCAUCACCCGGAACUGGAUCGAGCAUUUGCAGUCGGAGACUUCGAUUUCGGUGGUUCCUGACUUUUGUUCAUCGUCACAAGUGAUUUCCAUGUCACGAGAGACCGCAGAGCAUUUUCGUGCGAAGACUCGAGAUUUGGAGCAACAGCAAUCGAACUGUCACUAGUAACUUGAUUUGAAUGAAGGAUUUGAUAAAGAUUUUUAUGUGGU